UCGGUUCACGUUUCAGCUUUGCGCUACGUGACAUUUAUUUGACGGGUUUCCUCCCCUUCGAAACGGCCCGACUCUUUAGCCUUUAGCUCCGGCAGCUUGUCACCGCUGUUCUGGCUGCUGCUGCUGCAGCUGCAAACGGAGCGUAAACUGAGCCGCGAAAACGGACAGCUGGCCGUGGAUAUACGGAGGUCCCGAGGGCGCAGCACGCUGCCGUAUAGCCACCGCUGCUGGGGAGCGUAGUCGGGUUGUUUCGGAGUUGAAAGGUUUCGGUAUGUUGCGGAAGGCAGUGCGCUUAGGAACUCGGGCUAGCUACGCUAACGCGGAUUGAAUAGGAGCACUUAGCCUGCUAACGUUAGCUAGCUGCACUAGCCCUGGCUAACUAGCAGGUGACGAAAGGCAUGUUUGGUGCUAGAAAGAAAUUUGUAGAGUUUGUCGAGGUAGUCGAUAAUGACUUCGCUGACGAAAGCAUGUACUACAGCCAGUCGUCGAUGUUCCCACAUCGGUCGGACAAAGAUUCUUCAAAUGUUUUCCUUCAGAUGCUGUCGUCUCCCUCGCCGUCGUCGUCGUCGGGUCAGCUGUCGCAGCUCGGUGCAAGUUUGUACGGUCCGCAAAGUGCACUUGGCUUCUCGGUGAGGGGCAUAGGGAACAGCACGCCGCAGUUAAAUCGAAAUCUAACACAAGGCACGCAGCUACCAAGUCAUAUCACCCCCACGACCGGGGUCCCCACCAUGUCCCUCCACACCCCUCCGUCACCAAGCAGGGGGACGUUGCCGAUGAACACGAGGAACAUGUUGAACCACUCUCAGGUCGGUCAAGGCAUUGGGAUGAGUGGCAGGACCAAUAGCAUGGGCAGCUCGGGGCUCGGGAGUCCCAACCGCAGCUCGCCCAGUAUCAUCUGCAUGCCCAAACAGCAGCCGGCACGCCAGCCGUUCACCAUAAACAGCAUGUCAGGCUUUGGUAUGAAUCGCAAUCAGGGGUUUGGGAUGAACAACUCGUUAUCAAGCAACAUCUUCAAUGGCACAGAUGGGAGUGAAAAUGUAACGGGACUGGAUCUGUCAGACUUCCCUGCGUUAGCAGACAGGAGUCGGAGAGAAGGGACUGGAAACCCAACACCGGUGCUCAACCCACUGGCUGGACGGGCUCCUUAUGUUGGCAUGGUGACAAAGCCGUCGACGGAACUAACACAGGAUUUCUCCAUCCAUAACGAGGACUUCCCUGCGCUGCCCGGGCUGAACUACAAGGACCCCACGUUGAACAACGACGACAGCAAAACCAACUUGAACUCCACAAGCAAGAGCACAUCCAAUGCAGAUGGGCCCAAGUUCCCCGGAGACAAGACGACCACAGCACAGAACAACAACCAGAAGAAAGGGAUCCAGGUGUUGCCCGAUGGUCGGGUGACGAACAUCCCCUCAGGAAUGGUGACGGACCAAUUCGGCAUGAUUGGCCUGCUGACGUUUAUCCGGGCAGCAGAGACCGAUCCGGGGAUGGUACAUCUGGCGCUCGGAAGUGACCUCACAACGCUGGGACUCAACUUAAACUCACCGGAAAACCUGUACCCCAAGUUUGCCUCUCCUUGGGCCUCAUCGCCAUGUCGGCCUCAAGACAUCGACUUCCACGUUCCGUCUGAAUACUUAACCAAUAUCCACAUAAGGGACAAGUUGGCAGCAAUUAAACUGGCACGAUACGGUGAAGACCUGUUGUUCUACCUGUACUACAUGAAUGGGGGAGACCUGCUACAGCUUCUGGCGGCAGUAGAGCUUUUCAACCGGGACUGGAGGUAUCAUAAAGAAGAGCGGGUUUGGAUAACGAGGGCGCCCGGCAUGGAGCCCACGCUGAAGACCAACACCUACGAGCGGGGAACCUACUACUUUUUUGAUUGUCUCAACUGGAGGAAAGUAGCCAAGGAAUUCCACCUGGAGUACGAUAAGCUUGAAGAGAGGCCUCACGUGCCAACGACAUUCAACUACAACCCAGCGCAGCAGGCCUUCUAAGGCCCGACCAGUCCAGAGGGCCGCAACGGUUCCUGCACACAACCCUGUUGUCCAGGAGGGGCGCUGUGGUUGACGCGGCUCGGUUUUUAUUCCUCGUGGAUUUGGCUAUCUGACUGUGGGGGGGGGCGGGGGAAGGGGUCGUCGGCGCCACCACCACCACCACCAUCAAAACUGCCGCCUAUCCCAAAUUUCAUGCUGGCCAGAAACAACAACAAACACCUGUUCUGUUUUUAUUCUUUUUGUUUGUCCUGGGUUUUUUUUUGACUUGUUUUGAGCAGGGUCUGUGUUAUGUUUACGUCUCUGAAUCUGAAGCUCGUUUUCUUUUAGAAAGGAGGACUGACCCUGUGACAGACGACAGUGACAGAACGAGGUUUACGAACAGGAAAAAAAAAAAGGCAAGGAGAGUUAACAUCCUCAGACGCAAGUGAAAGGGUGAAAUAAAUGCAAUGUUUAUUGUUGCACUAUAUUUAGUAAUAAAAGAACACAAAAUUUG